UCCAUGGAAACGAGAAUUGGCGGCGGUUGAGCCGGGGAUGCUCGGUUGGUCAAACGGCCGAUCCUAUCUAUUUAGAUUUUCGACCGGAGCGGACACAACCGGUUCGAUACCAGCGAGGAGAGCCCGACAAUUCCGUUACUCGCCCGUCCAUAUGGUUGGAGGCGGUUGCUCCAUGGAGGAGAGCGCGACACAGAGAGAAGGCACCGCCCUCGCCACGGCCAUGGCCACCCCCAGAGGCAGGGAUUGCGAUCGCGAUCGAGAGCUCCUCAUCCCCGUCGGCAGCAAAACCCUAGAACUCGAGGAUGGGGCGUCCCUUUCCUCCUCCCCGCCCACCAUCUCUGCACCUCCUCCCUCCUCCCUCCACCUCCGCCACCCACCCACCGGGAUCGAGACCUUUACUAUGGUCAUCCGCAGCUGGGCCUCAAAAAAGUUCAUGACAGGAUGUGUAAUUUUGUUUCCCAUGGCAAUAACAUUUUACACUACCUGGUGGUUUAUUCAUUUCGUGGAUGGAUUCUUUUCACCUAUUUAUACUCAUCUUGGGAUCAAUGUUUUUGGCCUAGGAUUCAUCACUUCGAUUACCUUCAUCUUUCUGGUGGGUGUGUUCAUGUCAUCAUGGUUGGGAACUUCUCUUCUUAGUCUUGGUGAAUGGUUUAUCAAGAAAAUGCCGAUUGUGCGCCUUAUCUACUCUGCCUCAAAGCAAAUAAGUGUAGCAAUAUCGCCAGAUCAGAGCUCCCAAGCCUUUAAAGAAGUCGUCAUCAUAAGGCAUCCACGUGUUGGUGAAUAUGCAAUUGGCUUCGUUACAUCUACAGUAUCUCUUAACAGGAGCACAGGAGAUGAGGAGCUUUCCUGUGUUUAUGUUCCUACCAAUCACCUCUACCUCGGGGACAUCUUUCUCAUCAGCUCCAAGGACAUAAUCAGGCCAAAUUUAUCUGUUCGGGAAGGGAUUGAAAUUGUUAUUUCAGGUGGCAUGUCAGUUCCUAAGAUAUUGUCUACCGUGGAGAUGAAGACUACACUUUGAGAUCACGUGAGAGCUCUGAAAGGCCCAACACUUGCCAGUGCACAAGACUAAAGGUUUUUUUAGCUAUUGCAUGUUAUACUUUGCUAUUGUAACUACAAAUCACAUGCUGAUCUGUGCCAUCACCAGCCUACUCUGCUGCCCAAGCUGAAUUGGCCCCAGCUCUGCAGAACACAGUAGUUGUGUAUCAGUAUCCAAAGCUCUUCUAGCUUUUACAUUCACCCAAAAGAGUGAAAAAUUUUGGAAGCAGAUGUUUCUAAUUUUUUGAUCAUUAGCUAUUAUAUUUU